CACCACUCAAAACUCACUAAUAUCCUCUAAUCAACCCCCACGAUGAAGCUCCAAAUCCCAUCUCGUUUACUGUUACUGUUCAUCGUCUCUAUGGCCGUUAGCCGUUACCUUUGCCUCGCUAAUUCUGCCUCCAUCGCGAUGAAGAUGAUCAUCAAGAGCAGAAAGAUGGCGUCUGCAUCCGUGCUCGUUAGCAGCAGCACUGGAAGUCAUGUUCAUCAGCACUACUUUGUUGACAACUUCAGAGGCAGGGCUCUGACUGCUGUAGAUGGACCGGCAGCCGGCGGCGGUGGUGAAGUUCCCGCCGGCAAGGGAAGUUCCGAAGGUGGCGGCAACAAUGGUAAGAGUAAUAAUGGGGAGCCGGAAGUGAAUAACCAUCAUAACAUUCCAAGAUCUGAAUUUGGCGGGUACGGUACCAGCCAGAUUGGAACCAAGUCCCAGUCAUCGCCAUGAGGAUAUAUAAUUAUAUUAUCUUAGCCCUAACAAUAUCUAUAGAACCAUGAAAAAUUAAGCUUGGGUGUUACUUGUCAAAUGUAAAUUAUAAGGCCAUAUGAGGUAAUAAUUAAGUUUUAAUUGU